UGCACGCAAUGUUUCAUACGCAAAGACAUGUCACCAAGCCUCUUCUUCAUUUCAAAGCAUGGACAUAACGCUGCCAUACACAGACUCAAACAGCGCUUUUAAGACUAACUCGUCAACAUAAGAAACACUUUAUAAAACGGAUAUACAUCUUAAUUAAAAAGGUGACAAAGUUCAUUAAUUAAAUAUUAAAAUCAAUAUUUAAAUAUUCAUUUUAAGCGCGAACUGAGACAACGUGCGAUACGUCGUUUGAUAAACCUUGGUGUUACGUGACCUCGUGAGCAUUAACGUAAAGACAUAACCUUAGCUCAGCUUCCGUAAUCCAGCAGUCGUCAGUUAGGCUUCCAAGGCGGUGGACUUAUUUGAAGAAGCAAAGGGGCUGUGAAUUAGAAUUGCAAAGAUGUGCUCACUACUUCUGGCGUUCACAGUAUUCAGUCUUAUCUGUUUGGUACAAGCGGCUUUCCCUCCACACUUUAUUCCACCGGGACAUUUUGGACAUCCAAUGGGGCCUCACCAUAUGAUCGGACCCUUCCCUAUACCCCAUCAUGGACCUCCACACCCUGGACAUAUGGAGGGCGGAUUUCAGGGUCCGGCUCAUCCAAACAAGUUUCUGCCUAUGUUCCAUCCUAAACAUAUGGUCAACGACUUUGGGUCAUUAGCUCCAAGUCCAAAGUUCCUUAAGUCGAAAUAUAUAAAAGGGCCUCCUCGCAGGCCUCUGGGGAAGAGUCACCCAUCGAAAAGGGAUAGAAAGAUUUUAAUCAUACGCAGGAGAGGCUUGGAUGGGCCGCCUCAACCCAUAAUCGAUAAAUUCAGCCGACCCGAUAGGAUAGGUGUCCCAGAUCAACCCGAUACGAGAAUCUUUCAGGAUCAACCCGAUAGGAGACUCUUGCCAGAUCGAUCCGAUAGGAGAAGCUUUCCAAAUCGACCCGACAGGAUAAGCUAUCCAGAUCGACCUGACAGGAUAAGCUAUCCAGAUCGACCUGACAGAAGAAGCUUUCCAGGUAGACCUGACAGGAUAAGCUAUCCAGAUAGACCCGAUAGGAGAAGCUUUCCAGGUAGGCCCGAUAGGAUAAGCCUACCAGAUAGGCCCGAUAGAAUAAGCUUUCCAGAUAGGCCCGAUAGGAGAAACUUUCCAGAUAUGCCCGAUAUGAGAAGCUUUCCAGAUAGACCCGAUAUGAGACGCCUUCCAGGAGGAGACUUUGGAAGAGAUAUGAGAGGACGCUUAUCGGGUGUACAAAGAGAUGCUAUCGGUGGUAGAAGUUUUGACAGAAAUGGUAACGACUGGAGUGGACGCGACAGGAAUAGCAGAGACAGGGGCCAAACUGGCAACCGAAUCUACAGGAACCCCCGACCUGAGCCCAGAAUGAAAGAGGUCAUCGAUACCAGCAACAGAGUUAGGAUUGCGGAGAAUUCUCUUGCUGAUAGAAAUGAUAUAAAUCGAAAUAAUGGAAACACAAAUAAUAGAAACAUAGAGCCGUUUAACAGAGGUAAUAACAGAAAUGAGAGAAAUCUAAAUAAUAAUGCAAAUAAUAAUGGCAAAGGAUUGACUGACAUAACAUUUAACAGAAAUGAGAGAAAUCACAAUAACAAUGCAAAUAAUAAUGGCAAACGAUUGACUGACAUGAAUUUUAACAGAAAUGAGAGAAAUUUAAAUAAUAAUGCAGAUAAUAAUGGCAGGAAAUUGGCUGACAUAAAUUUUAACAGAAAUGAGAGAAACUUAAAUGAUAAUGCAAAUAAUAAUGGCAAAAUAUUGACUGACAUAAUUUUUCACAGUAAAGACAGAAGUUUAGAUAAUAAUGCAGAUAAUAACGGCAGAAGAUUGACUGAAAUAAAUUUUCACAGCAAAGACACAAAUCUAAAUAAUAAUGGCAAAAGAUUGACUGACACUCGAGAUAAUAACAGAAAUUCUAAAAACCCACUGGGUGAAAAGUUAGAUGCUGGUAGAAAUCGAAACUCUAGACCUAAUGUUGAACGGCCAAACAAUAAUGGUGGGUCAGGUAAACUGUCUGGUCGCACAUUAGAUUUCUCUGGAUCUCCUAACUUAAGACCUGACAUAGUGGUAAAUGAGAGUCCGAACCGGAUAGCGGAUAUUGCACCAGGACAAGCACCAAUGUCGGCAGAAUUAAUUGACGUACCCGUUGAUGUAUCAAGAAACGCUGAAAGCAAUAACCAUAAUUUGGUAGGAAAACCGCUUGUCCAUUUACCUCAGGUUGCAAACUUGGAAAAGGCUCUUGGAGGCACUGUUGUUGAUCUGACAGGUAUAUCAAACGCUAUAGACGGACCGGUAUCAGUAGAGACUGCUCCUACUGCACAGGACAAUAGCGCGGUGUACCCUCCACCGCCUACUCAUUCUGCCUCUCCGAGCCCAUCAAAUAAUAAUGAUCACGGUCCUGAACACACUGUCGUAGGAGAGACCUUGUUAGACAAGACACUUCGCAACAGCAAUAACGAUGUGGUUAUAAUUGAUGUCGCGGGACAAUAUGAUCCACUUCGUCCUGACAGCGUAGUUGAUUUAACAGGCACAAAUAACGCUAUAUAUAAUCCAGGGGUUGAGGACGGGAACGUCGAUGUCGUAACUCUCGACAAUGCUGCUUUCAUAAAAUUGGAGCAGGCCAUUGCAUCUGGUCAAGAAAUAAACGCAGCUCUUCUAGACCAGCUGAUAGGAGGAGGAACAAGCGGCAUUGGUGCAGCGGCAUCCACGCCUGGUAGCGCAAUAGCUGGGACUCCAGACAUCUUUGUAAUCGACACUAAUUCUGGUGAGCCUCUAUCAGAAGUGCACACACAAAUCGACAUAUCGGGAUCAGUUUCGUCGCCUCCGUCAUCAUCAUCCUCCUCCACACAUACACAGACAGAAAUAUCUGCCCCCCAUGGCCCUGACGGGCACAGCCCCGUCGGCAAAGUUGGAGAUUCUGUUGGGUCUAUUGCUGUCGGUGAAAGAGAGGUUAUGUCGUUAUUUAGCAUGCCGGGAAAACACACGUUUCCAGAUGUCCCAGCAAGCGUUUCAAGCAUCCCGAAGUCAAUAGGACAGAGAAUGCACAAUUCACAUGGUGCUCAUUAAUUGAGUGACUAUCAUUGUGAUUUCCCAUCCGUGCAACCUGAUUUUGAGCCAGUAUUAUAAUGUCAUUGACGGAAUAGGGAACCAAGCCGAGAUAGACGUGCCAAGUACGACACCCAAUAUGAUCAGAUAUUCAAGUGGACCUCUGUUUACUUCAAUUGAAAUAAACGCACAAUGAAGGACAGCAUGGGUAAAAUAUUUAGUAUCGUGUAUUCCAAGUGGACUAAUGCCUGCGAUAAUCAGAACACUAAAAAAGUGAUGUUUGUGGCCAUAUUGCUGGCGUAAAUCUAACGCAUGAAAACGUAUCCACAAGAUUUAAUUGAGUGUACACUUGUAUAUAUAUAUUAAACGUAUAAAAGUCUUACCCUAUAAAACAACGUCAGCUUGUUUAACAUCGUUCAUUCAUCUGUACAAAAGCAAUGCAUACUGUUUUUCUUACGAAACCUAGACCUCCCUGUGAAAUGGGGCGCAGUAACAAGUCUUUGCGCCGCGAUUUGCCACUUUGGGAGCGAGGAGAAUAAACUGAUUUCACAACUAUAGCAUAAUACUGUCAAUGUGUUUUUUCUGAGAAAUAUAAAAAAGGCUAUAAAAGUCGUCUCUUGAUGACAAAAAAAAACAUAAUUUAGUUUUUGCUUCCACAACGCUGUCAUUGUGAAAAGUCUGAGUGGGCGUUUAUGGUUAAAAUUCGUUUUCGCUAAAAACAUUCUGUUUAUUGUUUUCGCUACUACCAAUUGCUUAUUAUAUUGUUAAUGUUAAUUUAUUGAAAUAUUAUCUGAUGUAUUUUAUGACUUAAUAAAUCGUAACCUUUUUA